GCUUGUCAAAGAUGAAGACUUCAAGGAUACACUAAACGCUUUGGAAUUAGCUGCUUAAUUGGAACUCCUUCAUCCUUGUAGUAAAUAACUUCCUAGGAAACUACAAGGCAGAAAAUUAUGUUGCACUGGUUGAUGAUAUGAUUGAAGCCUACCACAAGAUGGGUUGCUGCAUGUCUUUGAAGAUGCAUUUUCUUUUUUCCCACUUGGAUUUUUCCCUGAAAACCUUGGGGAUAUAAGUGAUGAGCAUAGUGAGCGUUUUCACCAAGAUAUUGCGCUUUUUAAAGUCGGGAUCAAGGUCGCUUGAAUCCAAAUUGGAUGGGAGACUAUUGUUGGUUGCUACAAAGGGAGGAAGAAUCUACUCACCGUCGCAAAUCAAGAGGGAAAAAGCAUUUCUAAAAUAAAUAUCUUAGCAAUUAGGUGUGGUGGAACGCGCUGCACAUGGGGGCCGUGCCUGUGGUGAUGGGGUCGCCUAAACUAAAUUACGAGACGUUCUUGCCCCCAGGAUCUUUCAUCCACGUGGAUGACUUCAACAUCCCCGCGGACCUGGCAAGAUACCUUAAGUACCUCCUCGACCAUCCCGCUAAGUACCAGCAGUACCACGACUGGAGGAGGCGGUACCGCGUACUAAAUGAGCACGGGUACAUGGGGGCACCCACACGCCACAUUUGCAGGCUGUGCGAGGCGCUGAACUACAACAACAAGCAGGAUCAGCGGGCUGACUUGGAGCAUUUCUAUGAUAGCGAACGGCAGUGUCAUAAUCCUUAACAAUAAUUAUCGGUGGGGCACCGAUGAUUUAUUGAUGGAUCACCGAUGAUUUUUUGAUGGAUCACCGAUGAUUUAUUGAAGGAUCACCAACGAUUAUUUAUCGUGAGAUGUCACAUAAUGCGGCAUCGAUGGCGUGCCCGGCCAAUGUUCUACCUAAGGCUUAUCGAUUGUCAUCUUGCCUGAAAACCCCUCUUUCCCCAAAAUCUAAAUUACUGCAUCAUCGCGCAUUGAUGAGCCAACGAUAACAACCUUUCAAAUAAAUUCCACGAUAAAUUUUCCCUUUGUAUGAAGCAAUCAUUCUGGCCGACUUCACUUUCAAACGAUCAUGCGUUCUUCGGAUUACGUCGAUAGUUCCAGCAUUACUUAAAAAAAACAUUAUCAGGAAUAUAACAGGGAUAAAAUUUCCCACUGCAAUACGCUUAGAACUCCAAAAAUUACCUUGUAUAAAAAACGCUGCGGUACCGAACCAGGGUCUCCAGCACGCGAAGGGAAACUUCUACCGUUUGAUGGUCAGUUCUAGACAAGUGAUAUCAGUAAGUAUUAUGUAAAAAAUUAUACAUAAGUGUUCCACAGCUGGGACGAUGAGAAGGGCGUUCAAUUAAGCAUCACUUUGUUUUGUUGAUCCAUAUCAGCCAAGUUUUUAACACCUACGUGAAAAUGCAUGAUGAAUGUGGAAGUUUCUUAAUAUAAAACUCAUGCGCACCACAUACUCAUGCACGUCGUGAAC